GGAGCUAUCGCGAGACCGAAGGCGCGAUUCUCGCGGAGCAGCAGUUCGGCCGUCAGAGCGGCAGGAGGAGGAGAAGGUUGUCCGACGACACCGGGCUGUUCAGGGAAGCAUGUCGCCUUUUCGUUCGCAGGGACACUCACCACCCAGACACAGGAGACUGCGAGGUUACCAACGAGUGUAGCGAGCAGCACAGAGAAGCGGUUUAUUGUCUGAUAGAGGAAACGGAGGACAAUGUCUAGGACGUGGUGCCCGCUGCUGCUGCUGCUGCUGGGUGAAGUUCAAGCUCAAGUGGAAAACCGGGUGAUUUUCCUGCCAGGAACGUUCCAGAACGUGAGCGUCUCCAAGAACGAGACGGUGCAGGCCGUGGUGUCCAGGAUCCCCGCUGAGGUCGCCUUCAUCACCCUGCAGUUCCACACGCAGCGCCACAACGCCACGCUCUCCUACACCCGGAUGCCGGGUCCGGGUCCCUCUCUGACAGCAGUGGACUCCGGGCUGCUGUCGGCUUUGGUGCCGGACCAGGUGUCCCUCUCGCUGUUCCUGUCUUCUCCUGACAACAACACUGUGGCAGGCACCGGGGUCAUCCUCCCAUACUCCAGCCUCGAUCCGGUCCCUGGAGCUUGUAACAUGGAGUCUAGUCUGGACAUCGACCCGAACGUCUACAUCCACUACAACCUCUAUGAGACCACGAUCCGCUUUGCACCAGCAAACUUAGGAUACGAGAGAGGAGAAACUCCUCCAGUCUGCGACGAAUCGACAGGAACCAACACACGCUGGCGGCUGCAGUAUGACGUCUACCAGUACUUCCUGCCUGAGAACGACCUAUCAGAGCGCAGCCUGUUCAGUGGCAUUCAGGCUGUGGCGGACAUCCAGGGCAUGAUGGUGAACGGCAAACGGGUCAUGACACUGUCAUCAUCAGAGAAGAGCAUGGCGGUGUUCAACUCCAUCCCCAGUCAGGGCGUCAUCUACUCCGUCAUCGUCAGAGAUCCACUGCUGAACACCUCGGCCUCCUACGUCCCCGUCCACACCUACGCCUGCAGCUUUGCUUCCACCCUGGACGGCUGUCAGACUCUGGGAAAAAUCUCUACAAAGGUCUUCUUCACCAUCACUGGGUUGGCAGGUCUGUUUGUCUGCUUCUUUGGCCAUCGAUUCUUCAAAUGUGAGCUGUUUUGCAUGGGAUUCAGCUUUGCAGCGUUUUUCUUCUUCGUGCUGAUCACGCGCACCACAAAGCUGGACUAUGACAUCCGUCUGACCGUGUCAGCGGUGAUCGGCGUGGUGGGCGGAGUCCUCCUGGUGAUGAGCUGGUGGCGUUUCGGUUCGGUCAUGGCGUGCAUCGUCGUGGUUGGACUGAUGCUCGGCUUCCUCAUCGCCUCCACCAUCCUCUUCACUCCUCUGGGUGACAUCGACGUGUUCAGGAACUCAGAUGCAGUUUUCUGGGUGACGUUCUGCUGCAUCAUGGUCAUUGUUCCGCUCUUCUUCGUGCGUUGGCCCAGAGAGGGAAACAUCGUCACGUGCGGUGUAGUUGGUGCCUACGCUGUAAUCUUGGCUGUCAACGCCUACAUCUACACCAGUCUCUCCUACAUCACACUGAACAUCCUCAAACGUUUCCUCAACAGCAACUUCAGCGCCAUGUUCACUGACGUUCCCUUCCAAGAAAUCGACUAUGUCAUGAUCACAGUGUGGGUGGUGCUCGGCGUCUGCGGCAUCGUGCUGCAGCUGCACCGCGAGCGCUCCCGGCCGUUCUUCCCGCCUAGCCCGUACCUCAUGUGGCUGCAGGAACGCGAGCGCCGCAAGACCAACGUCCUCGAUCCGAGCCACCACUUCCCCCCGCUGCCCAACCGCCUCCUGGCCAGAGUGCGGCAGCUCACCAGGAGGAGCGAGCCGGUCGGAGAACACACGCCUCUGCUCCUGUAAACCUGCGGGUGACCUCGCCGCCUCUGAAUGAAGGUGGAUUAUUACACGUGCAAAGAGGAGGAGAUCCCUGUGGACACUGACUGCUGAGUCACAGGGAAGGCAGAUGAAUCCCUAACCCUAAGAGGGGUUAUAUGACUGACACUGCAGGAGGAUUUUUUAAAAACUCAAAAGAAAGAAGACUUUUUAUCCCUGAUGCCACUUUUUAUUUAACACUUAAAUGACAUUUUAACAACCAGUGACUGGUCAAGAAGAACUAAAGAACGUCUUUCUUUAGCGGCUGAAAUGUAGCUGUCGAUGUCGGUGCGUGUUGCUUCUGCUCUUUUUGCUGUUUGCACUAAAGCCACAAACUACUAACAGUUUACAAGGCGAGGCAUUUUACCUGUGAACCAUUGAUAAUUAGGAACCAGCAAAGCGUUUCCUAUCUACACAAACGUGUGUCCACUCAGAACUUCAUGUUUCUGUGGUUUGAUUUGAAAUGACACACUCAGGCCAGACGUCGAAAAUAAAAACCUUAAAGUUGAUUUGACAGUUAGAUGCUGGAUCCUCUAAAAGUUUACGUGAUGAUUUUAUGUUUUAAACUCUAAAUGUGCCAUUUAUCAGUCAUGACAGGUCAGUAAAGUGAGGAUGGAGGUCGCGCUUAGGCAAGAAAAACAAAAGACUGACUAAAUACUGCACCGUUUUUCUGUUUCAGCCUUCACAUGCAGUGUUUUCUUCUGAUGUUUUAACCUCUUGCUUCGUCGUGUCUUCUUGAUUGGACUACACUCGGCAGUCCGGUCAAUCUUUUUGUAAUUUGCACACUGUAUUUAAAUUUUUUCUGACUGUACAGGUGCUGAUUGAUCACAUGUUUUGUCUGUGAAUGUGUUUAAAGCCAAGUGCCAUGACUUCUCUCAGGGUUUCACACUCUGCUUUUUAGACUACGAUGCACAGAGGCAGACAACUGAUGAAACCUUCGACUUCUGUCUGUGAGCCUCUGAACGUCUGUCAGUAUUUUAUGUUUUUAAACUCUCUUGUCACAUGACGUAAAAAAAAAAAAAAAAUCAAAAAGUAAUAUCUAAAGAUGAAGAAUGAGAUCUAUUGUAUUUGUAAUUUUAAUGUUUUGAUAUUUAAUAAAUGCCUAAAAGUCCUGAUGAAGCUUGUGAGGACCUGACUUAUAGCAUACGA